UAUGCCUCUCAGUCCGUGUGCUUCACGACCAAGAUUCGGUGAGGGGAAUGUCUGAGAGGGACCACGUGCCGUCACGGCCCUCUGCAAGUUGUAUAUGAAGAAGACCGAUUUCCAAGUUCUAGACAUAUGAUGCUCUGCUCGACCACCGAGCAUCUGGUACAGCCGUUUGCUUUAGAAGCCACUACCAUUGCGUCAUUGUCCUAGCAGCUCGGGCCCCAAGCUCACCUAUGCGAACGCUAUAAAAGGUCGAUUGGGGCAGUUGGUGGCUUGUCAAGUUUGGCAUACACACACACAACAGAGCAGAGCAGCGGUUUGCAAUGGCGACUCUUGUUCAGCACUGGUGGUGGUUCUUCGCCCUGCGUCCAGAUUCCCGCCUUACUCCACUGGAGAAUGCGGGUGUCCUUCUGCUCUGCACCCUCCUCGCCCUUAUCUUCGGCGUCUUCCUUCCUUGGUCUUACCAGGGCGGCCCUGCCUGGGGGAGGUACUGGAUGGGGAGACCCAGGGGGAUGAGUUACGAUAAUGCCGUACCCGGCCCUAGAGGGUGGCCCGUCGUCGGGAGCGUGAGCCUCAUGAGCGGCCUGGCCCAUCGGAAGCUCGCCGCUGCCGCCGCCAGUCUCCACGCUACUCGACUAAUGGCCUUCAGCGUGGGGACCACACGAGCCGUCGUGACGUGCAACCCGGACGUCGCGCGGGAAAUCCUGCAAGGCUCGGCCUUCGCCGACCGUCCAGUCAAGGAGUCGGCGUACGCUCUCAUGUUCGAUCGAGCCAUCGGGUUCGCACCGUACGGCGCCUACUGGAAAAGCCUCCGACGAGUGGCCGCCACCCACAUGUUCUGCCCUCGCCAGAUCGCCGCCUCCGAGCAUCAUCGCGUUGAGAUUGCCGCCCGGAUGUCCGCUCGCUUUGCCAUCUCCGGGCCGGGUGUGCAGGUGCGGAACGUCCUCAGAAUAGCGUCGCUCGACCACAUGAUGGGCUGCAUCUUCGGGAAGGACUACGGGCUGGAUGAGACGAACACGGAGGUGGUGGAGCUGACCGAGUUGGUUCAGGAGGGCUACGACAUACUCGGCGUCCUCAACCUGUCGGACCACCUCCCCUUCCUCGGUCUGCUGGACCUGCAGAGGAUUCGACGCCGCUGCUCCCACCUCAUCCCUCGAGUGAAACGCUUCGUGGGGAAGAUCAUCGACGAGCACCGCUCUGUUUCCAUUUCCGACGAGACGAGGACGAAUUUCCUCGACGUGCUGCUCUCCUUUCGCGGCAGUUUCAACUUCCUAUCCGACUAUGAUAUGAUCGCCGUCCUUUGGGAAAUGAUUUUCCGGGGAACAGACACGGUGGUGGUGCUGAUCGAGUGGGUGCUGGCGCGGAUGGUUAUGCACCCGGAGGUGCAGGGGAAGGUGCAGGAAGAGUUGGACGACGUGGUGGGGAGGGCGCGCCCUGUGGCAGACUCAGACCUCGCCGGCCUCACCUACGUAAAAGCGGUGGUGAAGGAGACGCUGAGGCUGCACCCGCCGGGUCCCCUCCUCUCGUGGGCCCGUCUAGCGACGGAGGACGCCGUCGUGGAUGGGUGGCACGUGCCGACCGGGACCACUGCCAUGGUGAACAUGUGGGCCAUCGGACGGGACCCGAGCAUCUGGCCCGACCCGCUCGAGUUCUCACCCGAGCGGUUCCUGCAGUCGGGGCCGGAUCCGGAGUUCAGCGUCCUGGGCUCCGACCUCCGCCUGGCGCCCUUCGGGUCGGGCAGGAGGAGCUGCCCUGGGAAGACGCUGGGCCUUGCCACCAUCUACCUGUGGGUGGCCUCUCUGCUCCACGAAUUCGUGUGGAUGCCUGCAGGACCCGCCCCGGUCGACCUGUCCGAACGGUUGAGGCUUUCCUGCGAGAUGGCGUCGCCUCUCACCGUCAACUUGCUCCGCCGCCGGCCAUAGCUUUCCGGCUCAUCCUUUGGGUUGUGAAUUUGUACAGUUGUUUUCUAUAUUUGUUUUGUUUGUCUUGCACUUUUCGUCGUCCCUCUUCCAUGAUGUGAGCCCUUUUGUCAUCGUUGCGGUGGAUGAACAUGAAAAAGGAAAAAAAAAUGUAUGUUUGGUCGUCUCUCUCUCGCCCAUUGUACAUAUUCGGAUGAAUUUGA